UGGCGGUUUAGUGAGCGGCUACAUCCACCCGGCAAAAGGUGGACACGAGACGUCAGUGUGCUCCCGACAUACGAGGUACGGAGAUAUUAGCCUUGGAUAACCAUGCCGUCAGACUUGGCCAAAAAGAAAGCAGCCAAGAAGAAGGAGGCAGCCAAAGCCCGUCAGCGCCCCAAGAAGUCUGAGGAAGUGAAUGGGGACGAAGAACAACCGGAGAUCGAAGAAAAUGGAGCAGACAGCAAUGGCGUCAGCAGCUUAACCAAGGAGCUGGACGAGUUCGAGCUGCGGAAGACGGAGGCUCGGGCUGUGACUGGCGUUCUCGCUUCCCACCCCAACAGCACGGAUGUCCACAUCAGCAGCCUGUCGCUCACCUUCCACGGCCAAGAGCUGCUGUCAGACACCAGCCUGGAGCUCAACUCAGGCCGACGCUACGGCCUCAUCGGACUUAACGGCACCGGAAAGUCCAUGCUACUGUCGGCCAUCGGCCACCGUGAGAUUCCCAUUCCAGAGCACAUAGAUAUUUACCACCUGACCCGGGAGAUGGCGCCGAGCGACAAGACGGCUCUGCAGUGCGUCAUGGAGGUGGACGAGCAGAGGAUCAUGCUGGAGAAGGAGGCGGAGAGACUCGCUCAUGAAGACUCGGAGUGUGAGAAGCUGAUGGAGCUGUACGAGCGUCUGGAGGAGCUGGACGCUGACAAGGCAGAGAUGCGAGCCUCUCGGAUCCUCCACGGUCUCGGCUUCAGCGCCACCAUGCAGCAGAAGAAGCUGAAGGACUUCAGUGGAGGCUGGAGGAUGCGUGUUGCUCUGGCCAGAGCUCUGUUCAUCAAACCCUUCAUGUUGUUGCUGGAUGAGCCGACGAACCACCUGGACCUGGACGCUUGUGUGUGGCUGGAAGAGGAGCUCAAAUCGUUUAAGAGAAUCCUUGUUCUCAUCUCACACUCCCAAGACUUCCUGAACGGCGUGUGUACCAACAUCAUCCACUUACAUCAGAGAAAACUAAAGUACUACACGGGUAACUAUGACCAGUAUGUGAAGACCAGAGCAGAGUUGGAAGAGAACCAGAUGAAGCGUUUCAACUGGGAGCAGGACCAGAUAGCACACAUGAAGAAUUACAUUGCCAGGUUCGGCCACGGCUCCGCCAAGUUGGCACGACAAGCACAGAGCAAAGAGAAGACGCUGCAGAAGAUGGUGGCAUCAGGCUUGACUGAAAGAGUUGUGAAUGACAAGACGCUGUCAUUUUAUUUUCCUCCCUGUGGGAAGAUUCCUCCUCCUGUUAUCAUGGUUCAGAAUGUGAGCUUCAAGUACAGUGACAACACACCACACAUUUAUAAAAACCUGGAGUUUGGUAUCGACUUGGAUACCCGGGUGGCUCUGGUGGGACCCAAUGGAGCUGGGAAAUCCACGCUGCUGAAGCUGCUCAUGGGAGAGCUCCUCCCUACAGAUGGCAUGAUCCGCAAACAUUCACACGUGAAGAUCGGCAGAUAUCACCAGCACCUGACGGAGCAGCUGGAGCUCGACCUUUCUCCUUUGGAGUACAUGAUGAAGUGUUUCCCUGAAAUCAAGGAGAAGGAGGAGAUGAGGAAGAUCAUCGGUCGCUACGGCCUCACAGGAAAACAGCAGGUGAGUCCGAUCAGGAACUUGUCAGACGGUCAGAAGUGCAGAGUUUGUUUUGCCUGGCUGGCCUGGCAGAACCCCCACAUGCUGUUCCUGGACGAGCCGACCAAUCACCUGGACAUCGAGACGAUCGACGCGCUGGCGGAAGCAAUCAACGAGUUCGAGGGAGGCAUGAUGCUAGUUAGUCACGACUUCAGGCUAAUUCAACAGGUGGCUCAAGAAAUCUGGGUGUGUCAGAAUCAAACCAUCACAAAGUGGAAGAGCGGCAUCUUGGGAUACAAGGAGCAUUUGAAGUCAAAGAUAGAGAAGCAGUGAAGGCAGGUGACCUGACGCACCUGGUCGCUCGUUUAUGACAUCAUGGACCUGCGAGUUUCUGAACAGAGGAGCAGGAAACGUCCUACUGAACAGAACCAAUCUAUUAUGCAUCUUAUCGGACUCGUCUCUCGUACACCUAGUACUGUUUCCUCACGGUUUGACUACAGUCCAAGCCCCGCCCUUCCACCUCAGGCUGCGGUCUGAUUGGCUGAUUCACCUGGAAUGCAUUCCAUUGUGUUUGUCUUCAAAGAAGUCUUUGUUCUUUAAAAGUUCUGUUUUACCCCAAGAAGUAAGCAGCAGCUUUUAGGUCAUUUUAUCAUAUUUAAAAGGUGACUUUUCUUUUUUGUUUUCUUUCCCCUCCAGUGUAAGAGCAGUUCUGCCUUAUUUGACAGCAAUGCAAUAAAGGUUUGUCUCAAUAAACGGAACAGUAAAAACAGCAAAACUAAUUGGAGAAGUCUUUAUUAUUCUUUAUGCAUUUACAGGGACUGUAUCAAAGUCAUUACCUUUUAGGGAAAAUAAACUAUUGCAACAAGGAAAAAAUUUAAAGCGAGUUUGUUUUGGUUAUGAAAAUCAAAAUGGCUGAAUUCCCAAAGAUUUACACUCGACUGCAGCAUAAAUUACAUUAGGAGGAAACUGGAGGUCAUGCUGUGCCAGGAUGAUUCAUUUAUUAUUGAAUGAAAAUUAGCUACUGUUCUUGAACAAUGCCUUGCAAAAGUAUUGAAACCCAAUGAAUUAAUCAAAAUGUAUAUUGGUAAUUUACACUUUUACUGUCUGUAAACUGAAGAGGCAACAACCUCCUUUUUAGUUAUUUGUAUAAAGAUUUGUCUUCUGCAGCACAGCUCUGUUACUGGAGCACAUCUGAGUGAUUUUCAGCUCUUAGAUUCAAGUCUAGACUUUGACUAGGACAUUCUAAACCAUUCCACUGUAGUUCUGAUUGCAGUCUUUUUCUGUUGGCUCCCUCCAACUGUCCUGUUGCCACAGAUUGGUGCUGCCACCACUAUGUUUUAAUCUUAUCUGACCCAAGCAUGUUCUUCCAUGAAGAUCCAGAUUUAAAACUUAACAAAUGCACUAUUUAGUGUGUGUUUAUGAUUUUGAAUCUCAAUAAAAUACACAAGUUUAAGAUCUGAUUUCUACUUUUGCAAGGCACUGUAUUUUCACAUUUGAUGUCAAGAUUCUAAUAGGAAAAAAACAGGAUUAGAAAUUAAAAUAAAUCUGCCUUAGUCUGUUUUUCAUGCUGCUUGACCUGCAUUCCUUCAUACAGUUAAAGAUGUAAUGUUUAUCAAGUCUUAAGAUAUUAUGCUGCUGAGUGUAAAUAGUAACUAUAUAGUGAGUGUAAGCUUCCUAAACCGAUUAGUUAAGCAGAAGGAAAAGUUCAGAGUUUUGGACUGAGGUUCUGCUCUUUUUUUUUUCUUUAAAGCUUACAUAUAUAGGCAAUAUCUUGAAAGAAAAAAAUAACUAUUGUCUUGAUUUAGUUAAAAUCCAGAUUAGUUGGAACCUUUUUAUUUGGUUGCUUAUUUAAACAAAAGGUAGGAGGCGGUAUGUCUCCGAUUAGCUUUCUGUAUUUAACAUCUACACACCUUUCUGAGUUCAAAGUUUUUUAGGUUCUUUUUAAAGUAUAAAAUAAAGUUAAUUAAGUUGAGGCUGACAUUUCUACAGUGAAGUCUUUAAAUAAAGAAUUUGAAAAAAUAAUCAGGAAGGAAGGACAUAACAAAGGGGGUCCAAAAGUAGAGAAAGAAGAACAGAAAAUAGGAAGUAGGGCAAAAAAAAAAAAAAAAUCAUAUAUAUAAAACAAUGUGAUGAAGUCUGGGAAUAAUAUUUUCAAUGCUCUUUAUUUUCUAGAAAAUGCUGUCAUAAUUCUCCAAACUGGGUAUAAACCCUGGUACGUGUUUCACACAGAAAGAUUAUUAGUGGUGCACCGGCUCCAACCAUAAUUUCCCAUGAUAACCAUCCUGUGAAAAUGUGACGUCGGUUUAAAAGCUCAUAAAAGAGCGACUGCAUAAACUUCUAUGCAGUAAAAAGAAGAACUGCUAGAACUAACUUUUAUUCUUGUCUUUCUACCCAGAAGCAUAAAAAAACUUUAGGAUUAACUUAUUAAGGAUUCAAACCUUCAGCUUCCAAGAUCAACUAGUCUGGAUUUGGACCAAAUAAAGACACCAGGACCAUUAUCUGCUGCUCAGAACCAGAACUUCACUGUAAAACCCGGAACUGUCCCUUUAGGUUUUCAGCGAUUGUCAGAUUAGUGGCACUAGCUGGAGUUGAGACAGUGCAAGCUGGAGGAGUGUUUUUACUCAAUGCCGUUUCCAGUUGUCCCAGGGGC